AUGUCAUUUGUCAAAGUCGGUCUUAUUUUAACGGAUCCUGUAGUAAUACCAGAGGUAUAUUACAUUAUUUCAUCUGUGGCUAAUAAAAAAUCGAAAGAACUAGAUGGGAUACCGUAUUAUUUAUUAAAAUAUGUUCCUGAAACCACAAUAGGUGUGUUAACAAAUUUAAUAAGUACUUCAUUUAGUACAGGAAUUUUCCCAGAUGAGCUCAAAACAGCAAUAAUUGUACCUAUACAUAAAAAAGGAGGAAGAACACAAGAUGCUAUUGUGUCAAAGUUAAUGGAGAUAUUUGAUUCUUUAGAUGAUAAAAAGAAAGUAGUAGGGAUAUAUUUUGACCUAAGCCGUGCAUUUGAUACUUUGAAUCAUAACCUCAUAUGUGAUAAACUGGAAGCAUACGUAAUCGGAGGUGUAGCUUUACAAUGGAUAAAAAAGCCAUUAGCACCGGCGUACCUCAGGGAAGCAUAUUGGGCCCGGUCCUUUUUAUAA